CAGAUGGCCAGUAGGCAAUUUAAACGCAGACAAGUAACAUGCAUUUUGUGCAGGUUAUUGAAAGUGCUACAAACGUAGAAAGUGACACGACUUGCAUAGUGAAGGCUUUACCUGCGCCUCUGGCUACAAAUUUGGAAGAAGCUCUCCAUAACUUAAAGAUAAACUUUAGCCGGCGAUGUCCAGAUCGUAUAGAAGCUGAAACUAAUGGUAUUACGAUUCUGAACAUCUUGGGCGGAGUCGAGUACAAUGUCUACGGACAAUCGAUGGCAAUGGAAGAAUCGAAUAUAGGAGGAAGGACCGUUAGAGUUCAAAAACUCGUUUGGACCAUGGGAAAAACAAACUCAAUAUCAAAUUAAAAUAACUUGUAUUGAAUAAAAUAUAACAUUGAA